GGCAGUGGCAGGCUGGCAGCUCCCCGGCGUCCGCGUCUCGUUGCCUUUCCCGCUGCUUGCUUCGUCCGGAAGCACAGGCCAUGCCGGGCGCGGUGUGCCCCUUCCCCUGCCGACACCUCGCCUCGCCGCCGCCGUCCCCAUGGUGGAGCAACAGCAGCCAACCAGAGCUUUAUUAGGAAAUUAGGAAGCUUCGAGAUGCUUCCCGGGACACGUGGCCGGGCCACGUAGAGCUGCUCAGAUCAGGCACCACCUUCGUGCUGCGUCGAUCGGGCCUUCCAUUACGGAAUCAGGGGAAGCCCAGGGGGCGUGGGGCGAAAAAGCCACCGGCCGGUGUCCCUGUCCCCCGCCCGCCCGAUCCACGGCACGCAGGGUGCUCGACGUCGACGCCACGCCACGCGACGCGACGCUUCCAUCGAUCGCUCACCACAAAUCUCCCGGCUUUUCCACGACACGGGCCGCUCCCUGCCCCCACCUGCUCCGCUGCUUCCUUCCCUCCCCACGGCGCGGCGCGACCCCACCCCACAUCCCGCGCAGCCAGAGCCGGCCAUGGGCGGCGCCGACGACGCGGCGGUGCGCGCCGAGGAGUCCGUCUCGGGGGGCGUCGACGUCUGGAGCGACGCCGUCUCCUCCCACGCCCCGGACCACCUCCUCGUCAUGGUACACGGCAUCCUCGGCAGCACUGCUGAUUGGCAAUAUGCAGCGAAUGAAUUUGUAAAGCAACUCCCUGACGAUGUAAUUGUGCACUGUAGUGAGAAAAAUGCAUCAAUGUUGACUCUAGAUGGAGUUGACGUCAUGGGGGAACGCUUAGCAGAUGAGGUGCUUGAUGUAAUUAGUCGGAGGCCAGAACUCACCAAAAUUUCUUUUCUUGCACACUCCGUUGGAGGAUUAGCCGCAAGAUAUGCAAUCGCAAAACUUUACAGACACCCAAAUGCCGGAUCUGAUGGAAAUACUAAAGGAACCAUCUGCGGGUUGGAAGCAAUUAACUUUAUUACUGUAGCAACGCCUCACCUUGGUUCACGAGGAAACAAACAGGUCCCCCUCCUGUUUGGAUCCCUUGCAAUGGAAAAGGUUGCUUGCCGAGUUGUACAUUGGAUAUUUAGGAGAACUGGUAAACAUCUCUUUCUAACUGAUGAUGAUGAAGGGCAGCCACCACUGCUUCAGCGUAUGGUUGAAGAUCAUGGCGAUCUCUACUUUAUAUCUGCUUUGCGAGCAUUUAAGCGGCGAGUGGUGUACGCAAAUGCUGACUGUGAUCAUAUUGUUGGCUGGCGAACAUCAUCUAUUAGGAGAAACACUGAGCUGCCUGAGUUGGCGGUAUCAUCAUCUGAGAAGUACCCUCACAUUGUACAUGAGGAGUACUCAGAAGGAACUGAUGAUGAGAAGUGCCAAGAUUCCAUGACAGACUGUAAUUUGGACAUUCUUGAAGAGAAAAUGGUGACGGGCCUUCGGAGCGUCUCGUGGGAGAAGGUGGAUGUGAGCUUCCACUCGAGCAUGACGAGCUUCGCGGCGCACAGCAUCAUUCAGGUGAAGUACGCGUUCAUGAACGACGGCGCCGACGUGAUACAGCACAUUAUAGACCACUUCCAACUCUGAGGAGAAUCCUCCAACCAUUGCAGAGGAAGUUUUUUGUGUGUCGUGUAAGGAUGUGUUGAAACUGUAUAUAAUUCGCUCUGUUUGGUUGGCUGUGGCUGGUAGCUGGUGCUAAUUUGUUGUUAGAGAAAAAUACUGCUGACUUACUGCUGGCUAUUGCUGAUUUGGUUGGAUGAACAGAGCGAAUAAUAGCAGUACCCACGAAGGAAAAAAGAAUGCACAGUUUUUGUUUUUGAUGUAAGAACACUA